AUGACUUUUUAUUCUCGGUUAUCUCUCUCUCUCUCUCUCUCUCUCUCUCUCUCUCUCUCUCUCUCUCUCUCUCUCUGUUUAUGGCCAGUCCUUUUUUCUUUCUUUCUUUCUUUCUUUCUUUCUUUCUUUCUUUCUUUCUUUCUUUUGCUGUUGUCUUCUGCUCUCCUUUCUUUCAUCUAUCCGUUUACAUUUUUUUUACUGCUUUUCUUUAGCUGUCCUCCUUUCGUGUCUCAGUUUCUGAGGACGACAGAUAUUCAUUCAUUCUUUUUUCUAUCCGCAUCGUUCGUCUCAUAUUUCAAGAAGUUUAUCGCCAACGGCACAAGACGGAAUGGACUUUCUUGCGCCAAUUGUCAGACGAGAACCACAACUUUGUGGCGACGGAAUGCUGAAGGAGACCCCGUGUGCAAUGCGUGCGGCCUUUACUACAAAUUACAUCAGGUAAAUCGUCCCCUUUCGAUGAAGAAAGACGGUAUUCAGACAAGGAAGCGGAAACAAAAAAAUUCGAAUAAACCACGAUCUUCUUCAUCCAAAGAUAUUAAUAAUGACACAAGCGGCGCCUGUGAAACCCAGCCAGCGUCGACUUCUUAUUCCCGUUACUCAGCGCAGAACCCGACCGUGUUGGCCGCUCUCCGGGGACAUCACGGUAGCAGCCCCAGUACACCCUCUUCAAUGUCAUUGCCGCACAUGAUGCUGCCGCUGGCACCGACCAAUUCUACGUCAAUGAUUUCAACAGCGGGGAACGGAGUCAGUUCAGCAAGUGGAUUUAUUGUCGGCGGAGUCGGGAUUGGAUCUGGAUCUGCCGGUAGUGGAGGAUUGGCUAGUUUUGGCAGUAUCCGACAUUCGCCGCUUAUGUCCCAAAUGACCCACCCGUCUGUGCAUAGCUCAUCACACCCCACGACCACGCAACUACAACCCCCACAGCAGCAGCAGCAACAACAACAUCAGCAACAACAACAUUCAUUACACCAACAACACCACCAACAGCAGCAGCAAAUGCAUCCAAAUAUGAUUGACUCUUUGAUUUACGCGCCAACUCCGCCUAGAGCUGUUCCGGUGUCCGUACAUAACGAAAUAACUGGACUUCAUGACCUUGGAAGACCGUGCUCUUCACCCAGUGGGGUUAUACCCGUAACAGACAUGCUUCAGUUAAAAGAUAUUGGCUCGUCUCGUGUUUAUCCAGAGUGUAAGAAAGAGUCUCCGAGACACCACUGA